AUGCCCCGUUCUUCUCUUACAGGUGAACUGAUAUUUAAUCUUGAGAUCGAGAAUGUUGAGCGAAAGUUGCGAAAGGAAGCCAAGCAACGAAAAGCUGCUCAGGUUGCAAAGCUGGCAGAAUCUUUAAACCACCUAAGAAUAUCUAGUUCUAGCGACUCCGAAAGUAAUCAAGAGACUGUCAUGGCUAAGGAUACCCGCACUCUAAGAGAGUUGGCUGCUCCCAACUUGGCACAACAGCCCUUAUGCAUUAACUUUCCAACUCUGAAUAACACUAUUGCUUUUGAACUGAAAUCUGGCUUAAUCCAUUUACUGCCUUCUUUUCAUGGACUUGCAGGUGAAGAACCUCACAAACACUUGCAAGAGUUCGACGUGGUGUGCUCCAACAUGAAACCACCAGGUGUUACUGAUGAACAGAUCAAACUCAGAGCCUUCCCAUUCUCACUCAAAGAUGCUGCAAAGGAUUGGCUCUACUAUCUCCCACCUGGAAGCAUCGACACGUGGAACGACAUGAAAAAGAAAUUUUUGGAGAAGUACUUUCCAGCUUCGAGAGCUGCGAUCCUGAGGAAGGAGAUAUGUGGCAUCAAGCAACAAUCAGGUGAAACGCCCCAUGAAUAUUGGGAGCGAUUCAAUAAGCUUAUCAUUAAAUGUCCACAACAUCAAAUUCCCCCUCAGUUAUUGAUUCAAUACUUUUAUGAUGGUUUGUCAUUGAUGGACAGGAACAUCAUCGACGCUGCAAGUGGUGGAGCUUUAGUAAAUAAGACGCCAGCACAAGCUUGGGAUCUUAUUGCGAGGAUGGCUAAAAACACGCAGCAAUUUGGUUCAAGAGAUAUUGGACAUAUGAGCGAAAACAAUAACGACCAUACCAUGCAAUCGAUACAACAACAACUUUCUGAGUUGAUGAGCUUUGUUCGCAAGAUGGUCGUGGAAAAAUCCAUCCCGAGUGUCCGGGUCAAGGUGUGCGGAAUAUGCACGAGUACAGGACACCCUACAGAUUCAUGUCCGACCCUCCAAGAAGAAUGUGCAGUGGAUGUGAACGCUGCAAACUACGGUAUGAAUAGACCUCCAGCGUACAAUCCAUACUCCAACACCUACAAUCCAGGCUGGAGAGAUCAUCCAAACCUGCGCUAUGGAAACGCACACCAGAAUCAUGGUCCUCAACCAUUUAGAGCCACACAUCAGAUGCAACAGCCUCGCCCUUACGAGAAACAGCUCCCCCAAGCACCCACAAGCAACUUCAGCCCGUCCUUGGAAGACUUGGUGAAGUCUAUGGCUACCAGUACCCUGCAAUUCCAGCAAGAGAUGAAGUCAACUGUCGACAACCUACAAAGUCAGAUUAGCCAAGUUUCAGAAAAGGUAAAACAUCUACGAGAAAGAGGAAAGUGGCCUGCUCAGCCUGAGCCAAAUCCAGCAAAUGUCAGCGCCAUCACUAUCUGCAGUGAUACGAUGAUUGAAUGUUCCUCCCGGCCUAAUCCAAAGAAUACGAGUGCUAUAACCCUUCGUAGCGGAAAGGAAUUGGAAGGUCCACAUCCUAUCUCAAAGGAACAAAAUGAGGAUCAGAUUGAGAUGGAGAUUGAAAAAAAGCUGAACUUCACGAAAAGGUUGAAGAAACCACAAAAGGCAAACAAACAAAAAGAGAUGAUGGAAAUAUUCAAGAAGGUGGAACUUAAUAUCCCGCUCUUGGAAGCUAUCAACCAAAUCCCCAAGUACGCAAAGUUUUUGAAAGAACUGUGCACCAACAAAAGAAAAUUGCGAAGGGACGAGCAUAUUAUAGCGGGUGAGAACGUUUCUGCUGUUAUCAAAAGAAAGGUACCACCUAAAACAGGUGAUCCAGGUGUGUUUUCUAUCCUUUGUAAGAUUGGAAAAGCUGAGAUCAGUAAGGCUAUUCUAGAUCUAGGAGCUGUUAUUAAUGUCAUGCCUCGAUCAAUAUAUGACUCUUUAAAUCUAGGGCCUCUAAAAGAAACAGGAAUUAUUAUUCAACUUGCUGAUCGAACCCAUGCUUAUCCCGAUAGUAUGAUAGAAGAUGUAUUAGUUCAAGAAACUUAUGAAGUUGGUAAGGAGAAUAAACGAAGAACUGUGUUGACAAAAUAG